CUUCGCCCCGCCCCGCCCCGCGGAGGCUCCGCGCGGUGGUCAGAACCUUGGCUGGCUCAAGACCGUCACGCGGACUCCGCGGCUGGCCGGUUUUGCGGAGGCGGAGCAAGGAACUAGAGGAAGCAUGGACCUUGAUGGCUCUGAACAAGAUCCUGAAAUGAAGGAAUAUUCUUCUGUCUAUGUUGGGAGAGAAGAGGACAUUAAAAAAUCUGAAAGAAUGACAGCUGUUGUCCAUGAUAGAGAAGUGGUCAUUUUCUACCACAAAGGAGAAUAUCAUGCUAUGGAUAUUCGUUGUUACCACUCAGGAGGACCUUUACAUUUGGGAGAUAUAGAGGAUUUUGAUGGACGACCAUGUAUAGUUUGUCCCUGGCAUAAAUACAAAAUUACUUUGGCAACGGGAGAAGGACUGUAUCAGUCUAUAAACCCUAGAGAUCCAUCAGCAAAACCCAAGUGGUGCUCCAAAGGGGUAAAGCAAAGGAUUCAUACAGUGACAGUGGACAACGGGAAUAUUUAUGUGACUCUUUCUAAUGAACCUUUUAAGUGUGACUCUGAUUUUUAUGCCACUGGAGACUUCAAAGUAAUUCGGAGUUCUUUCUGAUAAAACUAUAUGGCAAUGAAAAA